GUCAUUUCAUGAUUGGUUAGGUUCAUCGUGAAAACACUUUGAAGCUUCGUCAUCGCGACCGAGAAAGAGAGGACUCAUUGUAUCUUCCCCGGAGAAAAACAAAAAAAUCAGCCAUGGCUUCCCCGUCAGAUCCCACCGAUCCAUCUCGAGAUCCAGUUACAGACCCAGAAACUCUCCCCCCGAAUCCUAAUCCAACCCAGAAACCCACCGUAGAGCAAGGAAGCGAAACCCUAAAUCUCGAAUCAACGCAGAGAGAUCUCGAGGAGUCAGACGCCGUAGAUCAGCAGCCAGAUCCAUCGAUCGAGGAAAGCAAGAACGAAGAAGACGAUAACGACGCAACGCAAGCCGUAAGCUCUUCAAUUAACCGCCGCGGAGGUGGUGGUGGUGGUGGUGGGGGGAAGCGGAAGAAAGGGCUGCUGAAGAAACGUAAGCAGCAAGAGAAGUCAAGGGAGAAGCUUGAGGUACUCUUGAAAACCCUAAAGCCCAUACCUUUCGUCCCUUGUAAAGCCCUAGACUUUUCUCGCCACGAGAAGCUAUUGAAGACGUUAGGGAUCUGGGAGUUUCUUCACUUGGAAUUCGAUCAGAACAUCCGUCAGGAUCUAGUAGCGAACCUCGUUGCUUAUUACAGUCCAGAGGGUAGGUGUAGUUAUGUGAAUGGGUCUAGGGUUAACGUGACACGUGCUGAUUUGGCUAGAGCUUUGAAGUUGCCUAAGAAGAAAAACAUUGUUAUUAGUGAUGAGGAGAGGGAGGUUCUGGAGACGGAUGAAUCAGCUAAGUUUGUUGAUGAGAUUUUGGAGACUUGGGUUCUGCUGCAUACUGAUGAUAUGUGGAUUAUGCCUGUGGAGGUGGUUGAAUGGGGAAAGGAUGUGAAGGAGAAGAAUUUGGAGAAGCUUGAUUGGGCUGCACUGCUCUGGUUCAUGGUUGAGAAAGAGCUGAAAGCUGAUCCUCCGCUCGGUGAUUGUUUCUUUGCUUCUCAUCUGCAGCUGUUGAUUAGAAGUCAGAAAGAAGAUUUACUUAGGGAAGAAUCUAAAGUGGAUGAGGAGGAGGAGGAUGAUGUUAAGGAGGUUGAGUCUAUGGUGAAGUCUCCGAAGGAAGAUUGUUUGGAGGUUAAGGAGGAAGAAGAAGAUGUUGGUGGUGUUGAUUUAGGAAGAGAUGAUUGUGGAACCGAGUCUAAGGAAGAAGAGACUCAUGUGGAAGAACAUAUGAUUGAACUGAAUCUUGGGGGGCAAGAGACUGUGUCUGAAAUGGUCGCUGAGGAGCAGCAGCAAGGUCCUGUUGAGGAACAGCCAAUGGAUGUUGAGGAAAACAAGAAGGAAGAGGUUGAAAAGUGGUCAUGGAAUGAAGUCACACAUGCUGGCACUUCCCAUUUCCUUCGCCACUGCGAUCUUAGUAUUGCUACAGAAGGAGACGAAGAGAACAACAUAGAAGACGAGCCCAUGGAAAUGGGAGAAGACGAACAGAUUGAAGAUCUUGAGGAGGAAGAGGAAACUGAGGAAGAUAAAGAAAGGCAUGAAGGAGGGUUUCCCUUUUUCCCAAAUGGGGACUCCCUUAAUGGAGAUGGCCAAGAGAAUCUCAUGUUAGAAGAUGUAUCUCCCUUACGCUAUGCCUCUGGGUUACAGAUGCAUGGCAACUCAACUGGUGGUCAUUUCCUUGCAUCUAGGGUUGACAUGCACAUGGCUAUGGGUUCAGGUAGUAAUACCAACAACAAGAGGCAGAUUGAUGAUGAGAAUGAUAUGUCUUAUCACAACCCUGACAGUAAGAGGAUGAGGACUGAUGAACCAUCUUGGGAUGAAAAACCGCCUCCAGUUGAGAUGUGCGUGGAUCAGAUUGUGAUGUGGGCUGAGAAAGCUAGGAUGUCAUGUGCUCAAAAGGAUCGAGAGCGUGCACAAUCUGUGAUGAACCAGGAGUAUCUGAUGAGCGAGCUGCAAAGAAAAGAUGAAAUGAUUCAUGAUCUUGAAAGAAGCAAGUAUGAGGAGCAACAGAGAAAAGAUUUAAUGAUCUAUAGGCUUGAGAGUGAGCUUCGGAUGAUGACGAGUGUGCUAGAAGGGUAUAGGAAGGUUUUGAAAGAAACCAAAAAGGCAUCAGCGGAGCACAGGAAGCGUUGCCCUUUACGUGAUGAAAAACCUGUCUACAAAGAUGUAAAAGGCUCUGGUGGCUUGGUUCUGAGCAUUGUUGAAAUUGAAAAGCUGAGACUGAAGCGAGAAGGGGAAGACAGGAUGACACGAGCUCGACUAGAGAGACAGAUCGAGGAGUUUGGAAAUGAUUGUCUUAAAGUAUUUCAAGAUCAAAUGCUUGCAGUGGAGUUGCUAAACGAGAGAUUGAUCGAGGUUGAAAAUGAAGUGAAGAUCUGUAGAGAGACACUUUCUGAAAGCAAGAAUGAUGAGACUUCUGAAGUUGCUGCUGCUGCUGCUGCUGCUACGGAAGAGACAUGAGAUGCUCUUAAGGUUUGUGCAAGUUAGUGAAGCUUUUGAAGAUCGUUCCAACGGAUUUUAUAUCAGCUUCGUUUUGUAUGAUGUAGACGAUGUUGAUUGAAUCUCUUUAAUCUCGUUCUAGGAAAUGUAAUCAACGGUUGUGAUCAGUAACUGUCUUGAUUAGUACUACAUUUUAUCAACA